AAGCUUCAUCUGUAUUUACAGCCGCUCCCCAUGGCUGGCAUCACUGCCUGAGCACCGCCUCCCAUGUCUGAGAAAAAAUUGUCCUCCACGAAACCGGGCCCUGGUGCCAAAAAGGUUGGGGGCCGCUAGCUUAAAACACAUAAAUUUACGAUUUCACAGUUGUGGAGGCUAGAGAUCUGAAAUUAAGUGUUAGUGGGGCCACGUUCCCUCCAAAGGCUUGUGAUCCUGCUCUGCCUCCCGCAGUUUCUGGUGGCUCAGGUGUCCCUGGGCUUGUGGCUGUAUCAUUGCAGUCUCUGCCUCCAACUCCACAUGGCUUUCUCCUCUUCUGUGCCUCAAAUCCAUCUCUGCCUUUUUUUUUUAUAAGGACACCUGUCAUUGGGCUUAUCUAGGUGGACCUCCUAGAUCUGUGGCCCUCAACUUCUGGGCCACGGCCUGGUACCAGUCUGUGGCUUAUUAGGGAAGGGGUGGUGCAUAGCACCACCUGAGCUUCACACCCCCUGACCACCACACCCCAUCCCACCCCACCCCAGUCCGUGGAAAAAUUGUCUCCCAUGAAGCUGGCCCCUGGUGCCAAAAGGUUUGGGGACCACUUUCCUAGAUGAUCCCAGAUGAUCUCAUCUCAAGAUCCUUAACUUCAUCACACCUGCAAAGAACUUUUUCCAAAUACAGUCACACUCACAAGUUCUGGGGGUUAGGAAGUGAAUAUAUCUUUUGGGGGACUACCGUCAACUCACUACCUUGAACACUUAAAUUUUGUCGCACAGUUUGUAACCCAGUUGUGGCUUUUUGUUUUUGUUUUGCUUUGUCAUUUAAAAACUCUACCAGGAACGUUGAAGAUGGGAAGUGGCUCUGGUCUUCCUCCCCGUCUGAGGGCAGGAAGGUCUCCUGAGAGAUGUAGCUUGAAAUGGGUCAGGCAGCAGUUGGCCAAGAGAAGAUGGCACAAGCCGGGAGGGGGAGAGCAUCCGCCAGAGGACAAUGUUGUGUGAGAGGCUGGAGGGGCAAGACGGUGUGGAGAUUUUAAAGACCUGAAAGAGCACUGUGGCAUUUGCCAGAGUUUGAGAAUGAGAGGGAUGCCUGAUAAGCUUGGAGAAGUAAACUGAGGCAGAAAUCCAUGGUGGCCCAGGUAAAUGCUUUGGCCUCAUCUUGAAGGCAUAGGGAAGCCAUCUCUAAGCCAGUCUUGGAAUAAACCUGUUUCUCACCCCCCCACACACACACAGUUGCACAUCUGUGUUGUUGGGUGAGUGUGGAGGACGUGCCUGGCCUUAGAGAGCAUGUGCCAUGUUGCCCGGCAGCAAGCAGGCAAGCAGAGAGACCCCGAGUCUCGGACCCUCUUGUUCUCUCUCAUCCAAAGGAAGAAGAAAGGAUUGAGGCAGGGGGCAGGAACCAACGAGCACGGCCUUGAGUAGCCGGGGGAAGCCUUUAGGACGGGGACACCAGCGCAGGAGGGCGGCCAUGUGGCUGUUUGUGGGCCUCUGCUGAGCCCCAGGCGUGGGGAGUAGAGCCGGCCUUUGCCAUCCCGCAGCAGAGCGCAGCGGUGGGGCCCACACAGCCCUGCGGCCUCUGGCUCCUGCGCACCGUGUUUGUCUUGGCUGGGAGCUGUGUGGGGCUUUUUGAAGCUGAUUCCACCGAGGCAAAGCGGGAGGAGUCCGGACUGGAAGGGGCCUGAGCUGGGGAAACAGAGGGGGUCCCACAGGGAGGUGACGGCAGACCCAGUGAGGGCCCGGGCCUCCUGGCGCCCUGCGCGGGGCUCAGCCCAAGCACCGCAGAGCUUCCCGAGUGGGUGGAGACGCAGCCCGACAUCCUCCAGGAGGACGUCUGAGUGCGCAAAGGAGCCUAGCGUUGUGCCGCCAUAACAGAAGUGUGCCUCCUGCUCUUGCUUCAUGACACACAGACGCCCCCAGACGCCACACGCCAGCUCCCAGGGGCUCAGCCCCACCAGUGGGCCCUCCUGGCCUGGGCGGGGGUCUCCAAGGAGGCCCAGCUGGCUGGGGGCGCUGGGCUGUGCUCCAGCCCCGCCAACCCCACGAUUCUCAGACCUUAAUUCAGCACGCCCCCUCAAGCCCCGGCUCAGCGAGGACACUCCCAUGUCCUGUUCCACACAGAUGCUGACGGGUCACGUGCCCCACAGCUGAAGGCCUCCCCCAUCCGCCUCCACCAUCUGCUGAGGCCCCAUAAUUAUUCCAAGGCCCGGUGCAGCCUCACUCAGAGGGGAGAGUUCACACAGCCCUGUAAUGUAACCCGGCAGAGGCCGCGCGGGCAGGGGGUCCCCAGCUGGGUAAUGAGCUGCUAGCUUUAUUGAAUUCCCUGGCUCGGCUCUGACUAAUCACUGCUUUAGCUGGGGCUGCCCGUCCAGCACCCUCUCCCAGGACUUCCUUCUUCCCAGCACCUCAAUUCCUGCUCCUCAAAUCCUUCCUCCUCCCCAAACAAGUUUAAAUGACCAAGACCAGGCAGGAAGGGCCCCCAGGGGGCUGGCCUCCCCCAUGCACCUGGUAGAAAGUAUGGCUGCCUUACGUCUGGGGCCCGAGCAGGGCAGGCCAGAGUGGGCUGCUGGUGCGACUUUGCUGGGGCCACCUGUGCAGUGCCCGUCCCCACCCCGGCUCCUACCUGCCGACUUCCCUCUGGCCUCCCCUUUCCGGAGGCCUGGGCCCUGUGGAGGGAGGGCCUUGGCCGAGGAGGCUGUGCUGUGGCCAGGCCUUUCCAGGGAGAGGUGGAGGAAACUGCUUCCUUCCUUUGCUUGCCGUCUUCUGCUCAGUCUCGGCCCCCACCUGAUGUCACGUCCUCUCCCCCCAGCACUGUAAGGGCCUCCAUCCCAGCGUUCACUCUUCCUACCAUUUUUGCGUACUUGUUUUCCAGCUAGACUCUGUUGACGAAGACCUUUGUCGAUCUCUAUGUGCCCAGAAUGUAGCACACAGUAGGUGCUUUAAAAAAAACCCGCUUGUGGAAAGAAAGAAAAUGGAGGCAGAGGGAGCAGGUGUGGCGAGAGGUAAGAGGUUUGGUUGUGCGUGAGUGAAGUGGCAUCUCUGGGACUCUGUGUGUCCCUGUCGUGUGUGCAGCAGCUUUGGGAAAUGGUAUUAACUGUGUUGUCCUGUCAAGACCCUAGUGGCUCAGGAAAUGUGCUCAGGGUGAACCUGAGGUCAGGGUUACAUAGAGUUCACUGUCUGGGCAUGACCUCCUGCCUUGGCACCUAGAGCAGGGCCUGACCCCACCCUGGAGGCUGUGACCGGUCCACGGUGCCCCCACCCUCUGACAGUGGUGAAGGCAAGAGGGGCUCUUCUGAGACAGCUCAGAGUCCUGCCCUCUGACCUCUCACCCUGGGUGGCAAGAGAGACUGAGCUGUGCCCAAUGUCCUUGGGAAAAGGGUGAAAGGCAGGGGACACCCUUAGGUGGGCUAGACCCCUGCCCCGGUGGCCUGAGCAGGGGAGGCCCAGUGGACAGUGGGAGUGGGCCACCGAGCCACCCCAGCGGAGCCCACCCUUGGUUUGCUGAGGGUGGGGUCCAUGCUAGCCACCAGGGAAGAGUAUGUGGGAGACAGUCAGACAGACACACGGACGGGAGAGGGAGCCAGAGCCUCUGCGAGGGAGGGCCCAGGAGGAGGAGACUUCAAAGGGCUCCCAGAGCAGCUUAUAAACAAGCCGGGCGGGGCAGGGUGGCCAGCAGGGGCUGGGGGUUCUGGAGGGGAUGGAAGUUUGCAUGGGGUGGGGCGUGUGACCAGCACGGGCCUGGGGACAGGCAGGGGAGGCUGUGGGGGCCUGGGUGGGCCCAGCCUAACCUCCCUGUGACUCGGUUUCCUCUCCCGCGCACAGCAGAGCUCCCUACCUCCUGGGGCCGGUGCAGGUGAAAGCACUGCGUGGGCUCCGGGCCCUGAUCAGAUGUUAUUUAUUAUUCUGAGCCGUGUUUUGGUGGGAGACUUGGAAGGGCUGAGAGGGAGAGGCAGAGUGUUCUAGGGCCCCUGUCUUCCCUGAUGUUCUUUUGAGAGCUCUCAGAGCACAGUGGCCAGGAAUGGGGCCCGGGAAGGAGAGGCCCAGGGCUCCCCACAGGACCGGGCUGGGGGAGGCAGGAUGGACGGCUUCCCUUGCGUCUGCCCCUCCCGCACGCUCCCCCCACCUGCUCUGAGCCUGCCCCUCUCCCACCUCCUCCCUGCUCUCGAGGGGCUCCCCAGAAAUCAGCCUCUUCUCCUUGGAUCCUUGUCCUUGAGUAAUGGGGCUGUGACGGUUUUUCUAAGUCCUGCUUAGAAAUGUGUCACUGUCCAUUUCCCUUUGUGAUAUCACAGGAGGCUGCGCAAACCACGUUGCUCCAGAGCCUGCUGAGGCCCCUGCUCCGAGCAGCUGGAACACGGGUUUAUGAAAUUACAGGGAAUUCAAAGCAGCCGGCGUCGCCCGCUGUCUGGCUUCAUUACUGGGACCAGCCUCGGAGGGAAGUUUAUUCCAAUAAUUUAGAGGAUUAGGAUCUGACACCCUUCAUUAGUGAUUCGACAUAAACAGAAAAGACAGAUCUUGCAGAAUGCCCCGCACAACGGGAAGGAAGCGGCUCAGGCAGGGAGAAGGCAACACACCACCCAGCUGGGAAGAGGAAAGGUCUGUAGGUGGAAAGAAGGAUCCUGUUGGCUUUUUGCAGUCACAUUAGAUGGUGAGCUUUGUUCCUGAAGGGGAAGGCAGACCUGGGGGGUGGGGUGAGGCCUGGGCUCAGGCCUCAGUUUCCCCAUCUGUGCAACGAGCGCAUGGCCGCGGGCCUUCGAGAUCCUUUCCUGCUCUGACGUGUGGGGUGCCCACCCAUCUGCUACCCCUGGGACAUGGCAGCUCCCCAAGUCCCUUGCGGUUUGGCCUUGACAAGGUCCCUCUCUCUCCCGGGGCUCUCUCCGUACCGGCCUCCCACACCCAGGAUUGAAUGACCACCGCAAACACACUCAGCCUGCUGGCUGCUCGUGGCAUUUUAGAUGCAAGCCAUUUCCUGCCACGGGGGGAGCGCUCGCCCCGGCCCCUGGCAGCUUCUGGCGCUCUUCCUGGCCCCCUCCACAAAUAUUGCCCUUGAUGUUUCAAAAAUUGCUUGUCCGGUCUGUACAAACCAGCGUUUGGGCUGUGCCUGACAGCAGCUCUGACAGAUGGAGGGGUGGGGGCUCUGCAAGGCCCCUGCCCACACCCAGCAAGCUGGUGUCCCCAUUCCUGGAUAAUGGCAGGGUGCUUAGCUCCUCUGCAGGUCCUUUCUUCCACCUGCCGAGGAGGUGCCGCCUGCUGUGAUGUGCACAGAGACCCUGCCCGUGCUGGGAGCCCAGUGCGUGUUAGCGCCGGUGUCACUAUGACCGCUUGCUGCGUGUGACCUUGGGCGGGUCGCUUGCCCUCCUCUGCCACAGACCUUUUCCUCUGCGGAGUGGGGACAUGGGAUGCCACCUGCAGAGCCCCGGCACUCAGAAGCAGCCCCCUGAAAAGGGCGCGGUGGUCCUCGGGGAGGGCAGCUCGGCCGUGCAGAGCAGUCCGAGACACUGUUGCCGCCGCGGAGGUUUCUUGGAGCCGACAAGUGUGCCGAUGGAGGAGUGAGGAAUGUGAUACGUCCCGGCAGCCGGGGGAGCCGGAGCAUAUCUGGAGUGUGAGACCUAUGAGAAGUGCUGCCCCAACGUGUGCGGGACCAAGAGCUGCGUGGCGGCCCGCUACAUGGACGUGAAAGGGAAGAAGGGCCCCGUGGGCAUGCCCAAGGAGGCCACGUGCGACCACUUCAUGUGCCUGCAGCAGGGCUCCGAGUGCGACAUCUGGGACGGCCAGCCCGUGUGCAAGUGCAAAGACCGCUGCGAGAAGGAGCCCAGCUUUACCUGCGCCUCGGACGGCCUCACCUACUAUAACCGCUGCUACAUGGACGCCGAGGCCUGCUCCAAGGGCAUCACGCUGGCCGUUGUCACCUGCCGCUACCACUUCACCUGGCCCAACACCAGCCCCCUGCCGCCUGAGACCACCGUGCACCCCACCACGGCCUCCCCGGAGACCCCCGGGCUGGACAUGGUGGCCCCAGCCCUGCUCAGCCACCCCGUGCACCAGUCAGUCACGGUGGGCGAGACAGUGAGCUUCCUCUGCGAGGUGGUGGGCCGGCCCCGGCCCGAGAUCACCUGGGAGAAGCAGCUGGAGGACCGGGAGAACGUGGUCCUGCGGCCCAACCACGUGCGCGGCAACGUGGUGGUCACCAACAUCGCCCAGCUGGUCAUCUAUAACGCGCAGCCCCAGGACGCUGGCAUCUACACCUGCAUGGCCCGGAAUGCCGCCGGGGUCCUGAGGGCCGACUUCCCGCUGUCGGUGGUCAGGGGGGGUCAGGCCGCGGCCACCUCGGAGAGCAGCCCCAACGGCACGGCCUUUCCGGCCGCCGAGUGCCUGCAGCCGCCUGACAGCGAGGACUGCGGCGAGGAGCAGACGCGCUGGCACUUCGACGCCCAGGCCAACGACUGCCUCACCUUCACCUUUGGCCACUGCCACCGCAACCUCAACCACUUCGAGACCUACGAGGCCUGCGUGCUGGCCUGCAUGAGCGGGCCGCUGGCCGCCUGCAGCCUGCCCGCCCUGCAGGGGCCCUGCAAGGCCUAUGCGCCCCGCUGGGCCUACAACAGCCAGACGGGCCAGUGCCAGUCCUUCGUCUACGGCGGCUGCGAGGGCAACGGCAACAACUUUGAGAGCCGAGAGGCCUGCGAGGAGUCGUGCCCCUUCCCUCGGGGCAACCAGCGCUGUCGGGCCUGCAAGCCGCGGCAGAAGCUCGUGACCAGCUUCUGUCGGAGCGACUUCGUCAUCCUGGGCCGGGUGUCUGAGCUGACCGAGGAGCCCGACUCGGGCCGUGCCCUGGUGACGGUGGACGAGGUCCUGAAGGACGAGAAGAUGGGCCUCAAGUUCCUGGGCCGGGAGCCGCUGGAGGUCACGCUGCUCCACGUGGACUGGGCCUGCCCCUGCCCCAACGUGACGGUGGGCGAGACGCCGCUCAUCAUCAUGGGCGAGGUGGACGGCGGCAUGGCCAUGCUGCGGCCCGACAGCUUCGUGGGCGCGUCCAGCGCACGGCGGGUCAGGAAGCUCCGCGAGGUCAUGCACAAGAAGACCUGCGACGUCCUCAAGGAGUUCCUGGGCUUGCACUGAAGCCCCCACCCCUCCCUGGCCCCUUCCUGGCCCUCUCCCACCUACCCCCCCCAUGCCCCCAGUCAGCAACCUGGGCCAGGGCAGCUCAGACAGUCGUGGGCCGGCAGGGAAGCACCCAUCAGCAGGUCGGAAAAAAGCCACCGGCGGGUCUCAGAUCAGCUUCUAGUCUUUGGGUUCUAUAAAGGGUCCACUUUUUCAGCUGAAGGGGACAAAAGGGGAAGUUAGUAGACACAUGUAGGUUGUUCCUGAUGACCAGUGUGCUCAGGCAUCCUCCUCCCUUUGCCACCUCCAAGCCCUGGCUCUCCCAGCCACCUGCCCACAGCCAGGCCCCAGCCAGGGUUCAGGAGGCGGCCGCUGGGUGCCGCUUACAGGAGCAGGUGAAUGAAAGGGCUUGCAAAGGGGCAGGUGGGAGGAGAUGGGGCCCAGGGACUCUCGGCACAAAUUCCCCACAGCCCCCUAGAUCACUGUGAGCAGAGACCACUUGGUGUCAGAGGUAGGGGCGGUGGGAAGCCAGAGCCAUAGUCCAACCCGCCAAUCAACUGCCCUGAGUGGAGGCUGCUGGGUCAGGUGGCUCUGGGUGCUCAGCCUGUGUCUCAGGCCAGGGCAGCACUGGCAGAACACACCCUUCCUCUUGGCUGCAUUGGUUUGUUGAUUCCAUGGUGUUCAGUUCAACCCAGUGGACAUUCUCUGAGCACCUACUGGGUGCCAGGUGCUAGGACCACAGACUCCUGUCAGUCGCUGCCCGGCUUUGGGCACCCGAGCACAAACGCCCUGAUCCCGGGGUCCCCCAGAAGCAGCCCCGUGGCUGGCCCCCCAGCUCCACGUGUCCAUUCGAUGGGCGGUGUGCUUUCAUAGGCCACUGCGUGUAAAGCGGAUGGAAGCCCCGGGACCUGGUUUGGUGGCAAGAGAAAUAAAGGAAGAGGAAAAGCAGGCGGGAAGGGGCGGUGGAGGAACAGGAGAGGGGAGGCAGGCUUGCGGAGGGAGAGGAACACUGCUCGCUGCUCCCAUCUGGUGGUGGCCUUGGGAGCUGCAGCGAGGCCUAGGUGCGGCCCGGGAGGGAGGCUUUGGGGAUGUGGCAGCUCCUUGGUGAUUUUCUCAUGUUUCCAGACUUCCCAGGUGGGCCUGGCCACUCCCCCUCGAGAUAGAGGAUCUGGGAGCCCCACUGUCAGCCCUGCAUCUGCCCCCACGCCCCCUCAGCCCUGCGUCUGUCCCUGCCCCUCCAAAGCUAGAGAAGGUCAUUGCGGGGCAUCCUCAUUUCUUCCUCAAAUAUAGGCAGGAAGGUACCGAUUAAAAGCUCAUAGUAUCAACAGCC